UAAGAGUAACUCCGCCUGUGUUGUUUCAUGGUUUGUAAUGCACACCACAGCCGGUCCCAAGCCCGGACAAAGGAGGAGGGUGUGUUAAUAAAUAAUGAGCCUUUGCAGCAAUAGAAGAUGCGUGCUUUUCUCGCUGGCUUCCAAGCUCGAAUCAUGUUUCUAUUGGAUUUUUGAAAGAUUCCGUGUUGGCAAAUGAACUGAAUAAUGGGCAAAAAAUUUAUUAAGAAAGCUAACCAUUUAUAUAAAUAACUAUUAUAAGCUACGUAUUGGAAGUUGGGUUAUUUAGGAUUGAUAUGAGAAUUGAAAGUUUCUCUUGACAUUCGAUAACAUGUGUUUAAUACUAAUGUGUUCGAUAGUGGUGAUGGCUUUUGUACCCGCUGAAACAACAUCGUUUUGAAGUUACUAAUCGGAGCAAAACACGUAAAAAUACCUUGCUCUACUCGGUGGUCCUUUUCAAUAUCAUAAAAAAGAGAGGGGUGAAUUAACCGUGUGACAUCCAGUUUGUUUGAAUCGUAAAAAAGAAGAAAGAACAAAAGGAGAAAAGUGUGAUGCAAUGGGGGGUUUGGUUCGUAGCCUUCGGUAGACCGGUGUAUGCAAGUGAUUGCCUCUAUGAUGGCAGAUGUGCAAAUCUGGCCUCUUAAUUGUUUCUGCUUUUUGUAAGCAACUGUAGUCUUUAAGCUGUGACGCCGUAUUAUUUAUUGUAAUCCAUUCAUCCUUGUAGUGAAAAUUUUGAGAAGCCUCUGGUUAGUGUCGAAGCCAAAAUCUAGUAUAAAAGAAAAGGAAAACUAAAGAUCAAGCAAAGCAGAAACCAUGCUACAAGGCUCACAGAUUUACUGACAACAAAGGACCGUUGUGAGCUGGAUUGAUAAAAUUUGCAUGUUUCCAGUUUUAUGACCCAAAUUCGCAGAGUUUCUGACGUUGUGAGGGAGUGUUGAGUGACAAAUGAUUAGUAGAUAUCUGUUGGCGUGUGAAAAUCGAAACCUGAUCCAAAUUCAAGAUGGCGUUUGUUUUUUAGAUGAGAACAUGAGCCAAUGCAAUGCCAAGAGAGAAAGUGGGAUGUUUGGGCCAUAAUGGAAAGGUAAAGAGAGCUGGACUGGGCACGGCAGAGCGAUAAAAAAGCAAAUCUAUGGCAGCUUGAAGAAGAAGUAGUAGUACUGUGUUGUGUAGAGUUCAAGACAAGGCUGCAAGCAGUAGUAGCGAGUGAGUGUGGGUUAUCAAUCUAUCAGACUCGGUUAUGGGGUCGGAGCAGAAUAGAUUCCCUCAGCAGCAGCAGCAGGAACAGCGCAAGAGAUGGGGAGGAUGCUGGGGAGCAUUGUCUUGUUUCAGCGUGCAAAAAGGUGGAAAGCGUAUUGUGCCUGCAUCUCGAAUUCCUGAGGGCAAUGCAUCAGCAGCCCAGCCAAAUGGACCUCAACCUGUUGGGCUAACCAAUCAAGCUACAGCACUAGCUCCAUCACUUCUAGCUCCCCCGUCUUCACCAGCGUCAUUUACAAAUUCUGCUCUCCCAUCUACUGCUCAGUCUCCUAGCUGCUUCCUUUCAUUAUCUGCCAACUCACCUGGGGGUCCUUCAUCCACAAUGUAUGCCACUGGACCUUAUGCUCACGAAACACAACUGGUUUCUCCUCCCGUUUUCUCAACCUUCACAACAGAGCCGUCUACUGCUCCUCUUACACCCCCACCAGAGUUGGCUCACUUAACUACGCCAUCUUCCCCAGACGUUCCUUUUGCUCAAUUCCUCACAUCAUCUAGGGAUCUCAAAGGCGCUGAAAAGAACAAUUACAUUGUUGCAUCUGAUCUUCAAUCAACAUAUUCUCUCUAUCCUGGAAGUCCUGCCAGCAGUCUCCUAUCACCAAUUUCUAGGACUUCAGGUGACUGUUUAUCAGCGUCUUUUCCUGAACGUGGUUUUCCCCGGGAGUGGGGUCCUUCAGUUUCUCCUCAAAAUGGAAAAUAUUCAAGGAGUGGAUCUGGCAGGCUUUUUGGGCACGAGACUACUGGUGCCUCCAUGGUGUCACAUGAUUCAAAUUUCUUCUGUCCUGCUACAUUUGCACGAUUCUAUCUGGACCAUGAUCCAAAUACUGGUGGGAGGUUAAGUGUUUCCAAGGAUUCGGAUGUUUACCCUGCUAGUGGAAAUGGACACCAGAACAGGCAUAAUAAAAGUCCCAAGCAAGAUGCAGAAGAAUUAGAAGCUUACAGAGCAUCGUUUGGGUUCAGCGCUGAUGAGAUAAUCACUACUCCUCAAUAUGUAGAGAUUUCUGAUGUAAUGGAGGACACAUUUAGCAUGACUCCUUUUACUUCAGCCAAACCUACCAUGGAAGAAAGUAUGGAAGCUUCAUUACUGAAUGAGGGUCAAAAAGCAAAUGCAAACUUGCCAAAACAGAAUAGCCUUAAAUUGAAAUCAGAUCUUGCUGACCGGGUAGUAUGCUGUGAAGUGCCUGUCACGUCUGAUAGAUAUGAAGAUAACCUAAAAUGUUGCAAUCUUUGUACAUUUUGCUUUUCUCAACAACCUCUGCGUGCGGUAAACUCAGACCCUAAAUCAAGAUGGCAACCUGGGAAUGUCUCUGGAUCAAGUACACCCAGUAACCAUGUUGUGACCGAUGAUGACAUAUUCUCAAAGAUGGCAUCAUCUAAAACCAGCAGGAAAUAUCAUUUGGGAUUAUCGAGCUCUGAUGCAGAAAUUGACUACAGGAGGGGAAGAAGCUUAAGAGAAGGCAAAGGAGAUUUUGCAUGGCAUGACUAGAAAGUAGAGAAUAAGCAAGCUGCCAGUUGUUUUCUCUGUGUAUUAAUUUAAAGCUUUCUUUGUCACGCUCUUCUUUGUGUUUAUGUGAUAGGUGGCAUGGUCUAACCUGUGAUCUAACCUAAUCUGUCUUCCCUGCUGCUCUUUCAGGUGUGGCCUGAUAUCUCUGAUUGAUGAGUGUAUUGCCGUUGUUCCUAAUUUUCCACUUCACUAUUAGUCAUAAUAUUUGAUGUCUAA